GCUGCUCCUGAUGGAAACUGAAUGAGUCAAAUCAAUAUCCAAACCAAGCAAGAAGCAAGUUCAAAUUGAUUUAUCUUUGUUUUAUUUUUUUUUUCUUUUCCUCCAUCUCCUUUAAAAUCUCUGCGUAAAUCAGGCAUGGCUUCUGUCAGUGAAAUCCCUGACAACAUUCUCCUAGAUUUCUCCAGGAAGAUCAAACCAGAGAAGUAUUUCGAGAUUGGAAAAAUGUUGGAUCUCAAUAGAACGGAGCUUGAACACAUAGAACAUCGGACAUUGCCUAACAGGAGAGAAACCAACAUUCAGAUGCUUUCCAAAUGGAAAUCAUCUCAGCCCCCCGGCGAAAAGGCGAUGGAGACUUUGAAACUUGUCUGGGAGUCUGUUCAAUCAGUAGGAACAGUGGACAAUGGAAUAGGUUCAGACGAUGAUACUUCUACCGACCUAAAGCAACGUCCUGUUGAAGAAAGAAAACCAUUCCAGCAAGAAAGCAGACCUGAAAAGAUGGAGAUAAUUAAAGCUUCAGAAUCGGUGAAAGAGUCUACAAAGGUGCGCAGUUCACUCAAAAGGGAUCGGUCCCUACUAUCACUCUGA